CUGUACAGUCACAAUGGAUCUUAGCUCUUGGUUUGAAUUCACAAUGUACGACGCGGUCUUCCUUGUCGUCGUUCUCGGAUUCUUUUUCUACUGGCUCACCAGAUCCGAGCAACCGCUCCCAGCUCCACCAAAAGAACUCGCCCCAUUGCCAAUGUCCGAUAUGACAGUUGAAGAGCUGCGCAAGUACGAUGGUGUCAAAAAUGAGCACAUUCUGUUUGGACUCAACGGAACUAUCUAUGACGUGACUCGCGGAAAAGGAUUUUACGGACCAGGAAAAGCCUACGGUACACUUGCCGGGCAUGACGCUACCCGCGCGCUUGGAACCAUGGACCAGAAUGCUGUUUCUAGCGAGUGGGAUGAUCAUACUGGAAUCUCUGCUGACGAGCAGGAAACCGCCAACGAAUGGGAGACACAGUUCAAAUUCAAGUACUUGACUGUUGGACGUCUGGUAAAGAAUAGCUCGGAAAAAGCAGAUUAUGGAAAUAGAAAAUCGUUUGUUCGUGGAGCCGAGUCUUUGGAUUCGAUUAUCAAUGGUGGCGACGAGGGCACAAAAAAGGAUAACUAAUUGUAUUCAAAUCCAUAAUUGUUGCACAUUCCAAAACGGUUACAUCUUAUUUUAUGUUCUUUGUAUGAUAUGAAAUCCCAUUGUCCAUCCCUUCUCACCAUCUCUCGCAAAUUUUAUAUAAAUACUGUGAUUUAGUUGUUUUUCAAAUCGAAGAAUGAUUUUGAAUAAAUGAUUUUUGUGUA